AAAAAAAAAGAAAUUCCACAGCGAUUGCGCGCCAAAUUCCGUUUCUAGCGCGGACAAGCGGUUUCGCCGUCGGCUGUUCGUUUCAUGUUAUUAUACAAUUUGACUAGUGCAAUGAAUACCGCGCUGUGGUCGCAAUUCAAUACAUCAUAUAUUAACAAUAGUAAUUUAUUAAAUCACAAUUAAAAACCGCGUUAAACGUCAUUAUAGUACUUUGCGGACGACUUUGCGGAACGGCCGAGGUCGCCGUCGACGGCCACUUCGGCGCAUGCCCGUUAUCAGUCUCAUAGCACGUGCCAUACGCAUGAUCGAGCCGCUGUCAGCCUUAUCACACCACUCGAAGGUUAUCAGCCGCUCUGUUAUCACUGAUCGUCCUGGUGUCGUCCGCCGUCCAACCGCCGUCACUGACAAGUCCGUCGGUGUCCACUGUCCACUCGCCGCCGGCCACCGAAACAAUACCCUCUGUCAGGUACCACGGCUGGUGUUCUGAUUAGGUUAGUCCGUUCUGUGCUAUUGUUGUCCACCCGUCGCUGCUGGUGGCCAUCCGGUGUCCGGGUUUUUUGGACACUGCCGGACACGUUUGGCCGGUGGCCGUGAGUGUCGAUCGAAUGAUCGCCACAGUCAGGCGACCGCAACCGCUGCGUUUCUUCUUUCGAUACAUCAGCAUCGUCGGCAGCAGCAACGUCCGUCACGGACGUCCAAAAAUGGCACUUCCCGAACUGCCGCCAGUCACUAGCUUGUCGCCCCGAGUGUUACGCGUGCUAGGUUGUAAUCCCAGCGUGAUGACUUUGCAAGGCACCAACACUUACGUGGUCGGCACGGGUCGUAGACGUAUUUUGAUCGAUACCGGAGAACCGAAUGUUCCUGAAUACAUAAAGAAUCUCAAAGAGACCAUGGAUAAAUAUAACUUUGAACUGGAACACAUAAUUGUAUCGCAUUGGCAUCGAGAUCACAUUGGCGGUGUAUCAGACGUGAUGGAUGCAAUCGGCAACAAAACCGAUUGUAAAGUCUGGAAGUUCCACCCGGAAAAUGAAAAAAAACGCGUAUACAAAUUUCCUAUCAAUUGUCCCAUCAACUCCUUGAAAAACUAUCAAGUAUUUAAUACCGAAGGAGCCACGUUAAAAGUUUAUCACACUCCCGGACACACGACCGAUCACGUUAUGUUAACCUUGGAAGAGGACAAAGCUCUGUUUUGCGCAGACUGCGUGCUCGGCGAAGGGACUAGCAUAUUCGAAAACUUAGAAGAUUAUCUGGAAUCUUUACAGUUAAUAUUAAAGUUAAACCCUGUUGUGAUGUAUCCUGGACACGGUUCUGUGAUUAACAAUACCGUUCAACGAGUUAACAAUUACAUACAGCACAGAAUCGAUAGAGAACGAGAAAUUAUUAAAAUACUCAGUGAACAUCCCUUACAAACCAUGACGAUAAAAGAUUUUGUAGAUGUCAUUUAUAAGGGCAUCUCCAAAAAAUUACAAGAAGUCGCAACGAUAAGCGUGGUGCAGCAUCUUUUAAAGUUGAAAAAAGAGGGCAAAGUUUUAGAAAUUGACGAUCACUGGAAAAUCAAUACAAAAUCAAAUUUGUGAUACACUUAAUUUUUAAAAUUUUUUUUUUUAAUAACACAAUAUUGUUUUGUCGUUACCGCAAAUCGUUGCAAACAAAGUGGUAUAAUGUUGGAAGCUAUAAACAUUGUUCAACAUUUUUAUAAGUGGUUUGGGUUGAAUUUAUUGUUAUUUUGUUGUACUCUGGAUGUAGUUCAUUAUAUUGUUGUUGAUAUAUUUAUACACAUAUACAUUUUAAUAUUUAUAAAUAACUAAUAUAAUAUAAUACCAUAUUGUUACACAAAAGACUUGAACGUAUGAUGUGCAUAGUUUUUUUGCCGAAUUAAGAUUUAAUAAAAAAAAAAUCAAAUGUUUAAAAAAAAAAUCAGUCUACACUUAAUUACAAAGGAAAUCACUUGCACCAAAAUCGUUUACAAUAAGAC